UCGCGCUGUAUACUCCGCGCGGAUGACGAGUGACAGCAGUGACAGGAGAUCGGAGCCGCGAGCGUAACGCGGCCGUAACGACCUGUUACCGCGCGGACGCGCCCGGGGGGGAGCGGAACGAGAACGCCCGACUUCUUAUGCCCGCGACGCGGCCAGUGAGUCAUCGUGAAAGCGCGGGUUCGCUGCAGACUGCGGGACGACGGCCCGUGUGAACGGCGUCAUGGAAGUCCUGGACCCGAGCGUCUCCCGGGACGAUCAGCCGCUGUGCAUCAACGAUUCUCUGGAGCGAGUUAACAUAUUGCAGAUUCCGGCUGACACCAAAUCAUGCGUGAAAGCGCGUCACACCCUCGGUUUCCUGGGCUUCCUUGGCUUCGCCCUUGUGUACGCUAUGAGAGUCAAUUUAUCGGUAGCCAUCGUCUCCAUGGUUAAUCAGACAGCGAUACCGCAUACCGAGGAAAAUGAUACUAGCGACGUUUGUCCUAAGAUCAAACCGAUAAACGGGACUUUUGUGCCGAGCGCGGGAGAGUUCGCUUGGAGCGAGAAGACUCAAGGUAUUAUAUUAGGCGCAUUCUUCCUUGGCUAUGUAACUACGAAUGUCCCGGGUGGCAGGAUGGCCGAGAAAAUGGGCGGCAAGUUAAUUUAUGGUCUGGGAGUAUUUCUGACCGCUGUUCUCACCGUGAUAAGCCCCUUCGCCGCGUACUGGGGUCUGGUACCAUUUCUGGUUGUGCGAGUCGCGGAAGGAUUUACCGAGGGAGUAACAUUCCCCGCGAUGCACAGUAUGCUGGCACAUUGGGUGCCCCCGUUGGAGAGGAGUAAAUUUGCCGCUAUAGUAUACGCAGGUACGAAUUUCGGAACUGUCGUCUCAUUACCAGUGAGCGGCUGGCUAUGUUCCUUAGAAUUGUGGGGUGGUUGGCCACUUGCAUUUUAUCUGUUCGGCGGCCUCGGUCUCGUGUGGUACGUAUUCUGGUUGAUAUUCAUCUACGACACUCCGUCGCAGCACGCGAGAAUCGAUCCAUCCGAAAAGGCGUAUAUCGAAGCUUGCGUCGAGAAAAAGAACGAGGACGACGACCCGGGAGUACCUUGGCUGUCCGUCUUCACCUCUCUCCCUAUAUGGGCCAUUACUAUUACGCAGUGCGGCCAGUCCUGGGCCUUCUACACUCUCCUGACCGAGCUGCCGACGUACAUGGACAAAAUUUUGCAUCUGAACGUGCAGCAGAACGCAUUUCUCUCGGCGUUGCCUUACCUGAGCUCUUGGCUAGUGGGUCUUGCUAUCUCGAGCUUCGCGGACGCGCUCCUCGCUCGUCGCCUGAUCUCACCCCUGGCCUCGUUCAAACUGUGGAACACGGUGGCCUCUUUGGGGCCCAGUCUCAGUUUUGUCGGUGCUAUCUGGGCCGGAUGCGAUCGUAUGACGGUGAUACUGAUGCUCGCUGGACUCGGCUCUCUUCAGGGCGCGGUAUAUGCCGGGAAUCAGAUGAAUCACAUCGCAUUGGCGCCACGUUACGCCGGUACCCUGUACGGAUUGACGAAUGCCGCGUCGAACGCGUGUGGUUUCUUGGCACCGUAUGUUAUCGGCAGUAUAGUAGAGGGACACGAAACCCUCGCACGCUGGCAUAUAGUUUUCUGGAUGGCAGCGGGGAUAAAUAUGACCACUAAUUGCUUCUACUUGAUGUUCGCGUCUGCGGCUGAACAGCCGUGGAGCAAAGGCGGCAGUUGAUGACAAUGUCGUAUUAGAAAUACGAUAUUAAAUGUGGAAAAUAAUGUACUUUUUAAUCAUGUUGCACAUAGUACAUUUUAAUUUGGCUGGCCAGUUUUACAUAAUUUGAUAUAUACUUAUAAUUAAUUUGGAAAGUAAUUUAUUUUCAUAGCUCUUGUAAAGUUCUAAAUGUAUUUAGAUUUUUGGACGUUGGACGAUACGUGCAAUGACAAAUGAAUCAAAUUUCAGUAUUAUCAACUUUGUUACCGAUACAUGAUAUGCAAAGGAGAUGUCGCCAACUGGCUUUUGCGUCAGAUAAUUGGGAUUGAUUGACAUAUGUUUCACCUCCCUAUUUUGCUUCGCCAUUUUAUUGAUCCAACUAUAUCUUGUCCGGAUACAUAAAAAGGUCUGUAAUCCCAUGAAAAAAUUAAAUAAGUAAACUCGUUGAUAUUGAUAGAAUAUACGGGGUGUUUGAUAGUAUAAAUGGGAAAGAUGAUUGUAUAUACAAUAGUAAAUCGGAAAUGUAGAGUAAAAUACUUUCAGGACUUUGUUUUCAAAGGAAAAACUUUGAAGAGAAGAAAAUUAAUAUAAUAUUCUUAUACUUUUUAAGCGUAGAUGAUUUGUAACGUUACUCUGUUUAUGCUAAACUCAUCUUAAGAGAGAAUAUUGAUACAUAAAUAAAAAGGUAUUCUAUUUUUAAUAAAACGAUAAGUUACUUUAAAGGUUGCGUGGAAAGAGAUAGCUCUUAUCGAGAUUACUUUUAAUUUUAAAUAAAAUCUUGUACAUUUUAAAUUUCCUACUUGUAUUUUUGUUUGCACAGUUGCUCUUGAUAAUUUUUAUGAUACAAGAUCGUUAGAAAUCACUCAAGUAAAGCCAAUUUUUUAAUUUUAAUGUGAAUUUCCUCAAAAAUUAAGUGUUAUAUAAAAAUAUUGUAUUCUGCUCUCCCGAUUUAUUUUACAUAUAGAAUCUCUUUAUACCAGUUACAGACACCCUGUUUAUGUGUAUAAAACAGCAUUUAAUUUUACAGAUAAUAAUAUAUAUAUAUCUUACACACAAAAGUACAUAUGUAUAGUAAACAAAAAA